ACUUACCUCCUUGCUCCCAACUUUACCUCUGAGUCGGAUGGUCCGAUACGAAUCGGCAACAUCAUUGCUGAUCCGUUUCAUCCCACCAAAUCGCUCAGCACUCCCAUCAAUCUGCCCCCUACAACUACACAUACCGACUUCAACUGUUCAAUUUCUCACGCUACCAGCACGUCGCUGCAAGGGAGCGUCUGGGCAAAGUUCCUUGAAAAUGCAACUGGAAACAUCAGUCGCAAAGUGAGCCAGGACAUGUCGCUGGAAUUCACGAUGGACUCCCUGGAGACAAUUCGCCUCAAGCAAGACCCUUUGGAUGAAGAAGAAGUAAUAAAGCGCAUCAUGGAGCCAAAGGUGCAGGGGGCCAUUAAAGCAGGGCUGAGCGGAGCAGCGACCGUGUAUAUGAUUACGGGACUCAAGGUCGCGAAUGGAUUCUGUAUGAACAGGAGGGUGACUACAUCUGCACGCAAGAUGAGCAUCAACAUGGGAUUUCCGGUUGUAGCAGGAGUUGGUAUAGGCGCCGAUGCCGGUGUUUUAUACUCCAAAAGCAGAAGCGAGUCCUUUCAGUCGGGCGAGAGCAUCAUCUUUGCAUAUCAGUUGCACAGCAUUGGGCGGAAGAGUUGGUGGGAUAGGCAGAUUGAGGUUGACGUCUAUGCGCCAAAAUGUGCAUUCAUGAAUGCUGAUGUUGAGGCGGAGGAGCAAGAGGAA